CCGAAUUAAGUCUUUAGAAAUGUUUGGUUUAUACGCUAAACCGGUACACAUGCCGCCGCAACUGAGUCAAGCCCGAGUUCCACAACGCCUUGGAUCGUCUCGCCGCCGGAGAUGAUGGCCGCCAUUAGAGCAGCGAUCCUCAAGCCGCCGCAAGGCUGUUUUACUCACCUUAAUACUGCCUUUUUCCAUUCUACUCCCAUCUUACAACGCAAACAUCACUCCAAUUCGAAAGCUCGAAGCAGAAGCUUGGGACGAGAUAGGGCAAAGCAAGACUUGCGUCACAAUGUGAAUGCUUUUGCAGAACAUUUAUUUGGGAUUUGGACUGAUGGGUUUGAUUACUCUGGUAAGCACAGCUCGUGGUUCGAGAAACAGUACUCUAGGGUUUGCAAAAGAAAUCGGAAUGGUAGACACAUUCCUCAAAAUUUGGAUAAAAGGUGUUUUGAUUUCUGUGGAGUUGAUGAGGGAUUUGAAAUUGAAUACUUUUUGCGGUCUGCAUUGGGUGGAUCCAAGGGUUUCUCUUCCUCAUUCACCCAUAAAUAUAGGAAAUCUCGAGGGAGAGCCCACGAUUUCUCUGGCUCGAACACCAAUGAAGAAGGGGAAGCUCACUCGUGGAGCUAUUCUAACAACUCUGAACGAUCUUGGGGCUCGAGACAACGAUCAGAUCAAGAAGACGAACAUUCUUCAACAGAGUUCAUCGACUCAGACUCAGAACAGGGGUCUCACAGGCAGGCACUUGGUCUGAGUUCCUCAGGUCCCUUAAAUCUUGAAGAUGUCAAAAACGCAUACCGAGCUUGUGCAUUAAAAUGGCAUCCAGAUCGUCACCACGUCUCUACUAAGAUUGCAGCCGAGGAAAAAUUCAAGCUCUGCACAGUGGCAUAUCAAUCGUUAUGCCAAAAGCUAGCCAUGAACUAAUAGGAUAUAGUUGAUUACCUCGUGUUUUGAAUGAACACAUUGAUAAGAGUUUGAUAGGGUUCUCAUAAGUCACUCAUCAUAGCCUUUAUAUGACCUCAAGCAAAGUAGUGCAGGACUUACCUCACUUCUGUUUUACCUCAAGAGAGAUUGCAAGAUCUUUACUUUGACCAGUCGCUUUGCAGAUUUUUUUUUUCUAUCGACUCUGCGUUUUAACCGAGCUGCUUUGGUCAGAGUGAGUCAUAUUUCUUGUGUUUGGGAAAUUGUAGAAACUUCCAUGUGUUGAUAGAUAGCUACGUGCUUCGAAGUUGACAUUCUUUUCCAUGUAAUUAUGUAUCUGUAAAGAUCCUCAGGUGAAAUGGUGUAGAGAGAGUAACUUUGGAUCCUUUCUUAGCUUCGGAGUUGCUAGAGAUUUAAAGAGUUAAUGAAGUAGAUAAUAGGUAGAGGAGGCUACUUUUCUUCUGUAUUAUUAGCAAUAUAUAUAAAUUGUAAUAUCACUUUUGCCUCAAAACGAAGAAUAUAUAAAGGUUUAGCAUCUAAACAAGGGUUUCCACACCAAAAACGAAGGACACCUAAUGAGAUUUGGUAUACAUUUAUAGAAAUCAUUCGGUAUCUUUCGACUUUCGUCC